AUGGAGUUUGAGUGCUGUGGAGCCGAUGGAUAUGAAGACUGGGCCGAUAGCACCUGGGUAAACGAUACCAAUCCAACGAUCACGAUCGAUGGCACCUCCUACGCACAGACGUAUCCUGCAACAUGCUGCGUGUCUGAGGACAAGUUCACAAGUAUUUCCGGUGGAUAUUGGCCGACACCAGUAAACAUUUCUUCGUGUAUGGGCAUCCAAGGACCACUCUCAAACGACACUCUCAAUACACGGGGCUGUUACAAUGUUUACUACGAUUUCGUUACCAGGCAAAUGACUUUAGUCGGUCAAGUAGGUCUGGGACUUCUUCUCCUUGAGCUCAUACCAAUGGCAUUCGCUAUUAUCCUUUGCCGCGCUCUCUCAGAUCCUUACCACGCUCGCCAUUCCUACACUUCCUUUAGACUUCGCUCCAGACAAAAAUAAUAAAAUAUCCCAGGUUUCCCCAUAUUAAGGUAACGACUUUAUUAGACUACUGGUAAAAAGGAACCUAAGAAUUGUAUAUAGUUUUUAUAAAAGGAAGAUGCCAUUUUUCUUUCUUCAUUUGAGGACGACGGCAUGGAGAUACAUUAAUGUUUAUAAAAACCUGUCCAUGUGGUAUUGUUGAAUCUCCUUCCAACUUGACCUUUUUUUAAAUAAUGUUCAUAAUUUUUCAUUAAUUGAGUGAUAUCUGUUGUAAUUCUGGUCCAUAAAUUUUUGUGAUUUGCUGUAUAGCUUAAUAGUUUUAGUUGUGGGAUGAUUGGUUAGACGAUUUAUUUUCUCUUUCAAUUGAUAUACUAUUAUUUUAUAAAAAGUUGCCCUGUUUUCUUAUUAUUUUGUUUUGUUUUCUGUCCCCCCCCCCCCCUUCCCCCGUAAUUGUUUACAUUUUUGGCAUGUAUUAUGUAUUUUUGGUCUAUAUUAUGGUGCACUCAUCACAAGCUGUGCUUUCUGAUUCGCUACCUCCAUUGUUUUAUUCAAGUUCUUAAAUGUAUUAAUGUUUCGUGGAGUGCUGUGGCCCAUUGGACAAGUCUUCUGACUUUGAAACAGAGGGUCGUGGGUUCGAAUCCCAGCCAUGGCGUAAUUUCCUUCAUCAAGAAAUUUAUCCACAUUGUGCUGCACUCGACCCAGGUGAGGUGAAUGGGUACCCGGCAGGAUUAAUUCCUUGAAAGCAUGAGCGCUGAAAAGCAGCUCGAGCUAAAGCCGGGGUUAUAGUAAUAAUAAUAACAACGCGCCUCGAAAUAGAAUAUUUCUAGAUAGAUGGCGCUAUAUAAAUGCCUAUUAUUAUUUUGUUAUUGUUGAAAUAACUGUACUUUUAUCAUCAUCAUUGGAAUAUGUAGUAUCUGGAAAAAUAAGAAGUAAAUAACGAGAUAAUGAGUUUGGGUCUUGUUUUAUAUUUAGUUAGUACUGGCUCGUAAUUAUGGAUUGGAACGUCAAUAAUAUGCAUCAUCAAUCAUCACCUGUUUGACAUUAGAGUCGCCAAGAAAAAUGGGUUUACAAACGGCAAUCGAUGUGGAUAAAAAUAAGCUUAUUUUAUCCCCCUCUAUGACGUCACGAAUGAUUUUAGGUAUAGCAAGCCAAACGGAUAUAUUAUUUCAUUUUUCUCACGUCGCUAAGAUAUCCUGUUCAAAGGAACGUCUAUUUUCUGCAACAAUUUCACUUUGAUUAUCUAAAAUACCAUACUUUGCUUAGACAACGAAAACUGAAAAGUGUUUGAGCAUUUCGUUUGGCGUUCCAUACUCCACUCGGCAUUCGUUAAGUCACACGUAUCUUUACGCGCUGUGAAACAUUGAAAUUUAGUGAAUAAAUGAAUAAGAACUGUUCGCUAUA